ACCAAAACGCCUAUUUAUACAAGCGUUGUCCGUCCCCAAACGCUCCCUUAUUUUUAUUUCAUUCUCAGUUUUGCUGCGUCUUCUUCUUCGUUUUAUUUUGUUUGCUUAACGGGCUCUCUGAAAUCUAGGGGAUCUCCAUUUUUACUCGCAUUCUCUUUAUUAUACGCUGAUUUUGCUCCCAUAUGAGGCUGAAGGACGAGUUUAGUCAUAAUAACGACGACGACGACGAAGAGGAAACCAAAACGAUGUCGCAGUGUUCCAUCGGAGCUUUACAACAACAACAGAAAAACGUUGUUGUUGUUGUCGGUUACGCCCUUACUUCCAAGAAAGUUAAGAGCUUCUUACAACCAAAGCUCGAAGGUUUUGCCAGGAAUAAGGGGAUAUUGUUUGUUGCAAUUGAUCAAAACAGACCUCUUUCGGAUCAAGGUCCUUUUGAUAUUGUAUUGCACAAGUUGACAGGAAAAGAGUGGCGCCAGAUUCUUGAGGAAUAUAGACGAACACAUCCAGAAGUCACUGUUCUUGAUCCUCCUGAUGCUAUACUUCAUUUACACAAUCGCCAAUCAAUGCUACAAUGUGUUGCAGAUAUGAAUUUAUCUGAUUCCUAUGGAAAAGUUGGUGUUCCCAGGCAAUUAGUCAUUAAAAGAGACGCAUCAUCCAUUCCUGAUGCUGUAGCCAAAGCUGGGUUGAUGCUGCCCCUUGUCGCAAAACCAUUGGUUGCUGAUGGAAGUGCAAAGUCACAUGAAUUAUCACUUGCUUAUGAUCAAUAUUCUCUCCAGAAACUUGAACCGCCUCUUGUUCUUCAGGAGUUUGUUAACCAUGGAGGUGUUCUCUUCAAGGUUUAUAUUGUUGGAGAAGCCAUAAAAGUAGUCAGGCGUUUCUCUUUACCUGAUGUAACUAAAAGAGAGCUCUCAAAAAAUGCUGGUGUUUUCCGGUUUCCACGUGUUUCAUGUGCUGCAGCUUCUGCAGAUGACGCAGAUUUGGACCCUAGUGUGGCUGAGCUUCCUCCUCGCCCUUUACUUGAAAAACUAGCCAAAGAACUCCGUCGACGACUGGGUCUUCGGCUAUUUAACCUAGACAUUAUCCGGGAGCAUGGAACCAGGGAUCAUUUUUAUGUCAUUGACAUUAACUAUUUUCCUGGGUAUGGAAAAAUGCCUGGGUAUGAACAUAUAUUUACGGACUUCCUCUUGAGCCUUGUGCAGAGCCGAUACAAGAAGAAAUCAUGAUACUCACCUUCUUUAAAACCUUCGGGAAUCAGGGUGUUAAAAGACAACAUGCAAUUCAAAACUCCAAUACAUCGGAUGGUCUCUGUAACCAUAUGCAAGAUGAGGUCUCAUGCUUGUUUCGUUGCCUUGUAUAGCAUCGUGUAAUUCCUGCUAGCAGUUGGAGAUCAGGAUGGUGCAUUUCAAAGUGCAAAAAGAUCCGAACCUCCAAAUUCUGUCAUUGCAUCGGGCUGGUAGGAUUUUCCCUGCUAAAUAGUUUAUGCUGUAAAACAGCUCUCUGGAAAUCAACUUGCUGUGCUCCACUCUUUUGUUAACAUGGUGAUAGGAGAGCAGUUGGAGCAAUCACGUCUGAUGUUUAUUAAUACACACAUUGUUUUGUUCCUUGCAAUAUCUUUGUCUUGUAUGGAGUGGAGUUCAUUAGAAGGAUCCUUGUCGACUGAACUUAAACGAAAUUUAAGACAGUUUCAGUUUCAACUUCAUUUAUAAUAAUCCUUUAAAAGUGAAAUCCAUGACUAAGCACAAAAACCCUCUACCCACUUGAAACAGGAGAGGAGCCUGUAGAGCAGAGUCAGCGAGACCAACCUCGGUAACACCACCAAUUCUUGAAAUCAGGGUCCAAACAGGAGGGAGUGGAGAGCGUAAAUCCUCCUUAUAUCCCAUGGCUGCGUCUUGCGUGGCCUUGUCUUCAUGUGAUGCUUCGUUGCCUUCUGUGGUGUCCGACCAACAUUCUAUAACUAGCCCACCGUUGGAAACGGCGGAAGAUCGAAGACUUGGUGUCUUAAAUGAAGGUACAGAUCCAACUUUUUUUAAUUUUAUUUUUAAACAAAUAAUAAUAUACUAAAUUACUAAAAAUAAAAAGAUGACAUCAGCAUAUCAUGGCUAAGGUCAAAGUUUUUUCGCCCUCUUCCGCAAAAGAAAAGUAAAAAGCAUCCCAAUUACCCACGUGUGUACAGCAUUCAAAUCCUCUCCACACAUUUCAAAAUCAGCAAUCAGAUUCUGAUCCUAACCGCCGGAUAAAAUCAAAACCCUCCAAAAUCCAGAUUGGACGAACCCAAUUCCACUCGGUCCCACCAACUAAAAACUAAAAAAACAAAAAAGAAACUCACAAUUGCAGCACAACCCACGUGCGGUACCAAGAUUAGAUUAACAAAUUAAAAAAAAAUGGAGCCUACAAUUUUGUUAGGAGAGAAAGAGAGAGGCCUCGCUCACCUCAGAAACCGUCAGCUUCCAUCCCCACGGGCAAUUAACGCCAACCUCUACUCAGUUGUCCAUCCAACAGAGAAUAUAUCAUCUAGUGUUAUA